AUGAAAACAUUGGUGGCUGAUUCAAUGAAGACCUUCUGGCUUCCGGGAGAGCCUAAUUUCAAGAAGGGAGCAGAGGAUGAGAGAUGUGUCGCGAUGGGGAAGUCUCCAGAGUCUCCAGGGGGGAUGUGGGAGGAUGUCUCCUGUUUGAUAACCCUGCCUAUCACCUGCGAAGUCCGUUUCCCCUACUCCUACCCCAGAAACCCGCGAAAGAUGGAAGAAAGGUGCCAAGGGUUCGCCCUGAAGAAGGGUGAUGGUAGUUUCAUUUGUCAGCUCCUCUCCAAGAACUCCACAAUUGCAGUAGAUCCUGAUAAAACAUCCAGGGUCUCUCUUCCAGAAACAAUUGCUCCAAAAGAAUUCGAAUUUGCGAUGGUCACGGGGAAAAUUCAUUUUCUGAGAGCGAUGGGGAAAGGACAAUACACGAAAGCAAGGAGCACUUGCAAAGGCGAAGGUUUGGCUCACCUCGUCAUGGACGAUCGAGGUCAAGAUUGGCACGAUUACGUCCUUCAAUUUAUGGUGUCGCAUUUCCCAUCCCAAGACAAGUUUUGGACCGGAGGUGACGACAUUGAUUGGAAUAAUGAGCACUCCUGGGUUGAUGGUGAGGAAGAUUAUCGAUUUUAG